UAAAUAUGACAUAAUUAUUGAUUAUUUGCCAGAAUUUGAUGGGUUCCCUUUUUAAUCUGCUUUCCCAAAGCCUUUUUUUCCUUAUGGUUAUUUUGUUGGAGUUUCCUUGCUACUGUUACCCCUGGCUUAUCAAUAUUUACAUUCUUUCUGUAAAGCUGCUUUGUGACAGUGUCUAGUAAAAAAAAUGUCAUAUUAAUAUAAUCAAAUUGAAAAUGAAGUACGCUAAUGUAUUUCCAUCACAUCUUUCUUGUCCAUGUUUGUGUUAUCUUGACUAAAACAGCAGACAAGAACUGAAGAGAAAUAAAAAGACUUUGGCGAACACACCUUAACUGCAGUGAUGCAGACUAGACAAAAGAAUCCAGCUUCUCUUGCUAGACCAGUUACUUUUGAAAGAGUUAUGGAAGAGGGAGGGAUAUGUAGAGAGUCUGGAAGCCAUACUGACAAAAAGAGAAGAACUAAAGAUGGCUACCUGAGGGCAACUGGUGCGACUUAACCCAGCAUGAAUGACCAACAGAGGAAGUUAGUGAUGCAAUGACACCCAGAUAAAGAUAAUCUUAAUGUCCAGGGGAUGGAUGGAGGGAUGAAGAAACAGAAGGAGGCAGAAAAAGAUAAAGAAAGUGAUGCUGCAGAUGGGGUUUUUGGACAAAGUGCAGGUGUACCCAUCAGCCACCAGAAGGCAGCAGACAAUCAUAAAUACCACACUGUGGGUCAUCAGAAAAAGAAGUCAAAGGUGCGUCUAGUCGCUACAUUGGGUAAGGGAGCUCAAACCCCAAAACCUAGAACUCCAAUUCAGGUGCUGUUUAACCAGGGACCACCAGAAAAUAUUCCCAUAAUGGAGGAGCGAGGCAGUGGUGGUGGAGGUCCCUCACAAGUCGAGCUGUUGAAACAGACUCUGCAGGCGUUCUCCGUGCCUAAUGAGCUCAACUGGAGCUUGGGACAAGGAGACAAAGCUGAGGUUUUGGAAAACAGCUGGACUGAUAUAGUACCCUCGCACAAGUCAAUGGCAAGAACCCAGAAGCACCAGCAGGAGGCACUUUGGGAAUUCCUCUACACUGAGUUUAUUUACAUCAACAAACUCACCGUCAUCACGGAUCUCGUUCUUGCUGCACUUGAGCAUGUUCACCAGCAGGGUUUUCUUCAUGAGGUUACUUCUGCCCAGCUCUUUUCUAACAUACACUCCAUCCUCGAUGCUCAUAGGCGUUUCUGGCAUGAAGUGUUGUAUCCCAUGUUGCAGAGUGCCAGGUUGACUGGCCAACCUUUUGAUCCUUUAAAGCUUGAGCGAGGAUGUUUGCAGUUUGCUGAACGUUUUUCUUCAUAUUUGGAUUAUUGUUGGGAGGAGGAGAGAAACAUGGAGUUCACACGCAAACAGCUGGAAACAAACCCACACUUUAGUGUUUUUCUUAUGUGGGUGGAGACUCAUCCCCAGUGUGGGAGGAUGCGGGUGGGCGACAUGCAGGCAAAGCCCCACCAGAGGAUUACAAAGUACCCUCUAAUUUUAAAGGCUAUCCUUAAGGCUACACAGGACCUAAAUACACAAAAAAAACUCAACCGCAUGAUAAACAGUGUCAGUCAUUUUCUAGACAGCAUCAAUGACUACUUGCUCUUUAAGGAUGAUGAGUUGGCACUCUUUGCCAUGUCCCAAAAGAUAGAGGGAUAUGAAUUGCAGGGGAUGAGUGAAGAAAUCAACAAACACAUGCAGGAGUUCUGUCGCUUCGAUUUAACUAGCCCUAUUCGGGGCAUGGGACCCAAGGUCAUACGUAAGCUGAUACUGGGGGACACUCUGAAGGUUAGAGGAAAGAAAGACAGUAAGCUGGAGGUAGUGGUGCUGCUGUUUACUGACGUGCUCCUGCUGACCAAACCCCUAAAGAAGUCAGGGAAGCAUAAGGUAGUGCGCCCUCCACUGUCCCUGGAGAGAAUACACUGUGCAGAACUUAAAGACGGCUACUCUUUUGCCUUAGUGGAGGUGAGUGAGCUAGGCUGUCCUGUCAGUGUGUACAGUGUUUCUACCCCGAACCCAGAGACCUGCACAGCAUGGAUCUCUACUAUCCACCAAGCCCAGGAAGACUUGCAGUCUUUAAAAAUAAAGGAGAAAACAGUGAAACCUGAGGAGACCAGUGAUGAAAUUCUAGAGGAGCUAGACCCAUUUCCUCCUGCGAGUUUGCUAAAAAUCAAAGACACGGAGGAACAGUCAAUGUAUAAAAGUCAUUUAGCUUCUCCCAAGUUUACAGCUAUACAGUUAGAGGUAGAAGAGCAGAAUUUGCAUAACCAAGAUGCACACGCACAUUUUUUGAGAAAACAAAUGCAAAACAGAGACGAAGAACUGGAUGUCCAAUUCGAAGCACAAGAACCUAAAGGGAUAGAGAGCAGUAAAAAUGGACAUUGUGAAUACAAUGAUGUUUUUAAUAGUCCAAUAAAUGAAAGACGGGUAACGUGGACUCGCAAAUUGCAAUCACAAAAAAAUUCCAAUGCCCUUCCACAACAAGACUUAUUAGAGACCAGCAAGCCCAGUGGUGCGCAUCAUGUGUUAGUUGGUGGAUUAAAGGUAAACAGUGCACUUAGCCAGUCAUACAGACAGUUUUUAUUACCAAGCAAAUUUGUGCCAGAGUCUUCAAUAAGUGACACACAGGAACAGUCACAGAAAUCAGAUCUGCGGCAGGAUUCUUGGCCUCCACAAUCAGCUGAUGAGUCUCUCUCAGAAUCAGGGACAUUCACAAGAAUGUUAAAGUCACCAAAGAUACGUAGGAAGCGUCCAAUAAAUUCCCAGCCAUCAUCAGUCCUCGACGGCUCCAGGAGGAUGUCAGAAGAUUUUAUAUCAUCAACGUCAUUCUCCAACAGGAACUCCGAGUCAGUCUCAGAUUCUGUUGAAGACCAUAAUAUUCACAGACCCUCCAACACAUCCUCCAAAUCUCAGGACCACCUGGUGCUUAAAAUGGGGUCUGUAAAGCAAAACCGAGGGGUGUUCUGGAAUGUUCCUUCUCAAAGCUUAUCAGAAUCCGAGCUGCCUAAAGAGGCACAAGAUCAAAACUCCAAAAAAAUACCAAAAAUUAAAACCCAGAGAAGUGAAUCCUUACCUGAUCUACAGUCCCCUUUGCAGAGUCUUUUAAAUAGGGCCAAGGAGCGGGAGAGGGAGCGUGGAAUAGCAAAAACAGAGAGGAAUCAUUUAGACACGAAUUCGACUCCUCCAUCGCGUUCGUAUAGUGAAAGAGAGAAAAGGACAGGAGCGGAGGAGCAAGAGCAGUUCAGAACAUCAUGGUUGGAUUCUUAUACAGGAACAGAGAUCAGCGUGGACAGCUGUGGCAAGGACAGGAAAAGCAGAGCUGUCACUCCACAGGGUGUAAAUGUGGACUGGCCAGGCUGGUGCUUCGACGAUGUGGAUGUGCUGGGAUUUGGGCUUGAAGAUGAACCAGAAGACUGGUUUAAACAGACCCUGACUACGACAGAGCUUCAGAAAACACCCAGGCAUAGUGACGCAGAGUACAGUGAGGUGUAAAGAGAAACAGCUGCGAAAAUCCUGAAUCUGUAAUCUAGUGUAGAAUGUAGAGGUGAAGCUACCUUAAGGACAAAAUGCAGUAACACACACUGCAGAAGCUUUGAAUAGACAUUGUUUACUUUGACUUCAGACAGGUUGUGAACUCUCUUGAAUUUCUGUAUCUGUACUUAAAACUGACCUAAAAACGUGAUCGUAGCUAUUCUACAAUCCUAGAAUGCAAAUUAUAUAAAUGACACAUAUACAUUAUAGUUGUUAUAUUUAUAUAUUGAGCUAAAUUCUUGAAUAUUUACUAUCUUUUUAAGAAAAUGUACAGGAACCUUUGCUUUAAAUGUGGUUUUACCUCGGGAUCUGGUGAUCUAUCUUGCAUAAUGUGCUGGAGGAAUUUUAUUUCUUCCAAUUAUUUAAUCUCCCUAAAAGUGAACUGAUGGAGGUGAAACUCUUUAGAAAUUGUUUUGUAACCUUCUCCAGCCUGGUCGAGCAUCUGUUACUCUAUUUCUGAGAUCCUCAGGAAUCUUCUUUGAAUGAGACAUGGCACAGUUCCAUAAAGCUGCAUGGUGAAGACCAGACUUUAAUAGUAAAUGUUUAUGUUCUUAAAACCUUAAAAAAAACCUAAUUUGAAACAAAUGACUUAAUUCACCCAUUUAAAGUAACUUAUACUCCAAUAGGUUUAUAAAGGAAAUGUAUUUAUUAUUGGAUAGUUUUGCUUAAUGAAUAAAUGUAAAAACUAUAUUAUUUUAUGUAAUUUGUUUAAUGGGUUCUUCUAAGGGUUUUCUUUUUUCUAGUUUUGAGACAAAUCUGAUCACAUUUCAAUUGUACAGUGUUUAAAAACUUUCUACUCCACCAUGUCACUUAUCUUUGCCUCAACUGCUUGACUAUUAAUGAAAUACACUCCCUACUUGAGCAGUUGAGGCAAAAAUAAAAGUGACACUGAUGCAAUUUAAAUAUUAAAAACUGUCAAUUGUCAAAACUAAAAUAACGUUAGCCUAAUGCUUUUUUGUAUGACCAAGGCACUUGUAACACAGUGCAAUGAUGUGCAGAAUACAGCAGCAAACAUUGUACGGUACAGUUGUGCACUUGAGUGUCUUACUGUGAACUCAGGAUGGAUUCUGAAGAACAUGAUGUAACUAUUGCUGGCAAAUGCAAGAAAUUUUUUGGAAAAAGAAAUAGCCAGUUUCUUGUUCUGACUGUCAUGUAAAUAUGUUCUUAUAAAUUGCCCACAUUUUGCUUUUAACUGUGUGCGAUGUCUAUUGCCCCUCCCACUCAUUUUCCUCCACCCAGCUUUGUUCCAACUCUGUUAGAUUGCUUAGCCAGGUUUUCAUCACUUCUUCUAGAAAUAUAUAUAUUAUAGUUCAUGCACUUUUUUUCCAAAUUGGGUUUAAAGACUGAGAAAGAUUUUGUAAAAUAUUUUUCUAUUUGUUUCGGAAUGCUUUUUGUAACAGGAUAAAUCAGCUUAUUCUUCACAAUUUUGUAUAUAAAUCAUUUAUGAUUAAAAUCUUUGCAUGAAGUCAUAGAAGGUGCAUAUUAUAUGAUGCAACUAAUUAUGUAAAAAUGUAUAGAGUCUGCAGUCAUGUGGUGUAAAACGACAAAAAUAUCAGUGCAAGACUUCGCAGUCACAGUUUUCUGACACUGAUUGUCUCACUAAUGCUUAAUAAAAAUUAUUCAUAGUUUAUUUAUAUAUUUUUUUUUUCUUGAGAAAAUGUUUUUCUAUAGACACCACAAUGUAUAUGGGAUAUACUGUGAAAGAAAAUAUGGAAAAAUACAUAUGUAAAGGAGAAAUUCAAAAUAAUGUGUACUUUAUUGAUAUAUAUUUAUAUACAGUAUCAUACAUUAACAUAAGCUUAAAAAUAAAUGUGUAGUUAUUCUUAGUAUUAUAAACAGAUGUUUGUAAGAGAAUUUAUGCUACAAUUUUCUGAAAGUCUCUUUCUCUCUCUCUCUC